CCAUAUAUAUAGAAUUCACCAUUUUCAUGGAACGAUUUUUUUCACGCCAUUUUGAGAAACCCUAAACCUCGAAAAGCUUCAAUGGCGACAGUACCAGUUAAUCCGAAGCCUUUUUUGAACAAUUUGACUGGAAAGCCUGUGAUGGUAAAGCUGAAGUGGGGAUUAGAGUACAAAGGGUAUUUGGUCUCUGUGGAUUCAUAUAUGAACUUGCAGCUUGCAAAUGCAGAAGAAUUCACUGAUGGAGUAAGCUCUGGCUCUCUCGGAGAGAUCCUGAUUAGAUGUAACAAUGUCCUCUAUCUUCGUGGUGUACCCGAGGAUGAAGAACUGGAAGAUGCUGAUCGCGACUAGGAAGUGUAUUUAUAUGACAAAUUGAUCAACGACUUGAAUGUAUCCCCGAUUAUGUGUUUUCUUUAGGUGCUCCUUUCUGAUAUAUGCUGUUCGUAGUCUGGCGAAAAUAUUGUUAACCAAUGAUUUACGGAGCAAAGUGACUAGAAAGCUGUAUGAUCUCCAGAUUGCUUUAUUUUUGUUAUAAUCACAAGCUUCAACUCGUAUCAUAUAAUACAAAAGUAAUGCAUGAUUGAUA